GCGUUCGCGUGAUUAAGAUUCAAAAAGAAAAUAAACAGAUAUUAUCGUCGUCGUUGAAGUAGCCUAUCAUGUAGGCCUAAACAUCGAAGCACACACAAUGACGCACGAUAAAAACGACAAACAGAAGUCGUCGUCAUCAAAACGAAGAGACAGGGAAAACCCUCCGUCGAAGGUUGUGAUUCGUCGUUUGCCGCCAAGUCUUACACCAGAAUCUCUUCUGGAGCAAAUAUCUCCACUCACAGAACAUGACUUUUACUUCGUCAAGGCUGACAUGAGCCUUGGUGUGAAUGCCUUCUCCAGAGCAUAUCUAAAUUUCCACAGCCAUGAAGAUGUCUACAACUUCAGAGAUCGCUUUGACAACUACAUUUUCUUGGACAGUAAAGGAAAUGAGUUCCCAGCUUUGGUUGAGUUUGCACCAUUCCAGAAAGUUCCAAAGAGAAAAUCAAAGAAAACCGACACAAAGAAAGGGACCAUAGAUCAAGAUUCUGACUAUCUUAAGUUUGUGGAGAGUUUGGAGAACCCAGAGGAAGAAGAGGUAGUUUCCAUUGAAACUUAUCUUGAGACACUGGAAAACCGAGAAAAAGGUCUGAAAGCACACCAUGGAAAUCCUCAGAACUCGACACCAUUAAUAGAAUACCUGAAGAAACGCAGAGAGGAAAAGAAAGCAGUUAUACUGAAAAUAAGGGAAGAGAGGAAGAAACGGGAACAGGAACGUAGAAAGGUGAGGGAGGAAGAAAAGAAACGAAGAAAAGAUAAAGAACGUGAACGAGAACGACAGAGAGAUAAAGACACAGAGAAGGAGAAAGAAAGACCUGAUAGAAGUAGUAGUAAAGACCAGCCCAUCAAGGUUCUUCUGAAAAACCCCGAGAGAGACAAGGAGGGUGAUAAAGACAAGUCACAUGACGUCAAACCUAAGGACACUUCCAGAGCGAGGGAGGAAAAGUCCUCCGACUCUAAAUCCAAGGACAGGGAGAAACUCAGAUUCUCUAAAGAAAAUCGGGAACGGCAGCGAGACCAGAAGAAUGAGAAAGCUGCCGCAGAACGUCCCCGAUCUGGACGGGAUACUCGUCCGGGAGAUAAAGGGAAAUCAGGGAAGGAUGACUAUAAGUCUGACCGAAAAGAUGAUGACAGAAGCAAGGGAGGUAACUCUAGAGGGGGUUCUGAUAGACCGAAAUCUGGGAAGGAGGAGUCACGACAGCAGGACAGAUAUAAAUCGGGGAGAGACAGAGAUUACGACCAUGAUGGUGAUUGGGAUUAUGAUAGAAACAGAGACUAUGAUCGAAACAGAGAUCGAGAGUAUGACAGGAAUCGAGACCGUGGAUAUGGCAAGAGAGAUGUAGACUCCGAUAGAAGAGAGACGUCUGCCCGCACCAGGAGGGAGACAACUAGUCACAAGUAUGACAAGCCAAAAGGAAAGGGUGACACCAAAGCACACACAGACACAAAAUUCCAUGGGGAUAACAAACCUGCAGUAGAGACAAAAUCUGGAGCUGACACAAAAUCUGGAGCUGCCAGGACAACAGACAGUAAAGCCAAUAAUGAAAAGUCAUCUGGAGACACACAGACAGACAAGAAAGUUGAGGAAGUUAACUCACAAAGAGACAAAAGGUCGGGCAGUGCUUCUGAAUAUAGGACGAAAACUGACCAAUCAAAAUCAGGUGUAUCUGCUAAACAAACAAACUCUGAGCCUGCUAGUCAAUCAGAUGGGUCAGGGAAGGAGGAUGGUGAUGUAAAGUUAGUGUGUUCAGGGAAGAGAGAUGGUGACAGGAAGUCAGAAACUUCAGGGAAGGAGGAUAGUGACAGGAAGUCAGAAACUUCAGGGAACGAGGAUGGUGAUAAGAAUUUGGAAGAUUCUGGGAAGGAGGAUGUAGGGAAGUUAGGGUCUUCAAGAAAGGAAGAUGGGAGAAAGUUGGAGAGAGCAGAUUCAGGAGAUGGAGACAAAGAAGAUAAAAGAAGGAAAAGACGAGAACGCCCAGAGAGGGCCAUCUACGACCCACGGAAAGCCUUCGAGAAACGACAACAGGGAAUUAAACCUGCCGUUGGAGGCAGCCAAUCAGAGAAGACUUCUGAUAAAAGUUCGGAGGACAAAAGUCCAAGAGACUCUGUGAAGUCUGUGACAAGUGAUGAGGGUUGAUUAAGAUAAACUCGUGUUUGGCAGGGAUUAAAAUCUGAUGGUUAAAGGGAAAGAAGUCACAGAGAAGAAACUUUGGUGACUUCCAAGAUAGAACUCUGGUUUUGGAUCUAAAACAUAAGAAUUUAGUGCUUUUGUUGCAAUUUAUCUUCAUAACCUUUAACAUGGCUCUUACAAUAUAUUAAAUAUUAAAACAUUAUGAAUAAUAAGUGGUUCCCAAAUAUUGACUUCAUUUAAAGACCCAUAUCUGUACCCAUAGUACAAUCACUCAGUAUUUUACUCCUGGCUUGAACUUAAGUUCUUAUGGACCAGUCCAUAUGAAACUUGGUCAAUAUGUUCAUUUCACAAAAAUAAACACUCGGGUAAAAAAGUCAAGGUCAUCAGGUUGAAAGGUCAAGGUCAAAUUUUGCAUCUUUUCAAUGAUAAAAUUUUUUAUGAAAGUUGCAAUUUCUCACAAUUAAACAAGGAGUCUACUGACGAAAAGUCAAAGUGACAUUUGUAUCUUUCACUGAUGUACAUUUGUGUAUCUUAUUAGUGAUGAACGUUUUGUUGUGUUAAUAUGAAGCAAAAUUGGUCUUAAUUAAAGGAUAAGUCAACUGACCAAAGACCAAGGCCACUGGAUUAUAGUUUGUUGGAUUUAUCUCCCCCUGAACAGCUAGGGUCAUUUUGAGGCGGGGUCUCCCUAUAGUAUAGCUUAUGGCUACCUCAAUAAACGAAAUAGGGGAGGCACGUCACAUGAAAUCAAGAGCAAUUAGCUUAACAUGUCUUUCCAAGGUGUCCGUUUCUUAGCUUCUCAAGAAACACAAACCACCUUUGGUAGGAAGUAAAAAACCACUCACCUCUGAUCUUUAUCUGAAGUUAUAAGGUUAUAGCAGCCCCUCACUGGAUUUAAGGUCAAGGUCAUUUAGGUCCAAAGGUCAAAGACAACACAGAUUUCUGACUACGAACCUGGCACUUUAUCGAGGAGGUUUUUAAGUUGAAAUAAAACAAAUCAAAACUAACAAAUGAAGAUUUCACAUGUAUUUAUAUUUCUGUAGGCCAAGCAGAUAUGGAGGUGGAAGGAAGAGUCAAAUAAUAGUAAAUUUAAAAUGUAUAUUUUGCUUCCUUGUUGAUCAAUAAAUUGCUUUCCAAAGGAAAUUCA